AUGGCAGCAGCAACGAAAAGCAUAGGUUUCGGCGUAACAAUUUCAACAACCUACGAAGCGCCCUACCACCUCGCCCGUCGCCUCAGUACAGUGGACCAUUUGACGAAUGGGAGGCUGGGCUGGAAUGUUGUGACGGGGUAUCUGGAUUCUGCUGCGAGGAAUUUGAGUAAUGGGGCGGAGAAUCUGGGUCAUGAUGAGAGGUAUGAGAUGUGUGAGGAGUAUAUGGAGGUUGUCUACAAACUCAUGAACGCCUCCGGGCGGUCUGACGCCGUCAAACUCGAUCGUGGCUCCGGGGUGUACACCGAUCCAGAGCUCGUCCGCGAGAUCAACCACAAAGGCAAACACUUCACAGUUCCCGGAACCCAUUUCUGCGCUCCCUCGCCACAAAGGACACCAGUCAUCUAUCAAGCCGGGACCUCAAAAGCAGGGAAAGAAUUCGCCGCCCGGCACGCUGAGGCAGUGUUCGUAUCUCAGCAUUCACCCGCCGCAGUGGCCAAGAACGUCGCCGAGAUUCGAAGCAAAGCAGCGACGCUAGGUCGAGACCCGAACUCUAUCAAGGUCCUGGCCAAAUUUUGUCCUGUUCUUGGUAGGACGCAGGAGGAAGCGGAUGCGAAGUACAGAGAUUACAUCCAGUAUGGAGAUUAUGAGGGUGCUUUGGCGUUGUUCGGCGGCUGGACAGGUGUGGACAUGGGGCCUUAUGGUGACGAUGAAGAGUUGAGGUAUGUUGAGAGUAAUGCGAUUCGAAGCUACAUCGAGGGGCUCAUUAGCACGGCGCCGGACGUGAAUGGCGGAAAGUGGACGAAACAAACGUUGGCGGAGCAUAUUGUGGUGGGCGGGUUGGGGGCUACGUGUGUAGGGACCGCGGAGAAAGUGGCGGAUGAGAUGGAGAGGUGGGUUGAAGAGGGUGGGGUUGAUGGGUUCAACAUUGCGUAUGCGUUGAUGCCGCAGACUUUCGAGGAUGUGAUUGAGAUGUUGGUUCCUGAGCUGCGGAGGCGUGGUCUGUUUUGGGAGGAUUAUUGUGCGCCUGGUGGUACUUACAGAGAGAAUCUGUAUGAGCAGCCUGGACAAAGGGAGCCUCCUGAGGCUCAUCCUGCGGCCAAGCUGAUAUGGCAUCCACCAGCGGAGGGGUCGCACGAUGAGCAUGGAGGAGCCAACGGUGACGGUUGCCAGAGCGGUGCGAGCUCAGAGAUAGCAGACUGGGUACUGGAGAAUCUCAGAUAA